AUGGACCAGGUGGAGAACACAAGACCCCCAUCGGCGCUUUCGUCUACCCCAAGGUUACAUUGUGACAGCAACUCUUCAAAUCGUACGUCUGAUGGCAUGGACAGUCCCAGGAACACCCCUGAACUGAGGGAGGAAUGCACGACAGACACUAGUCUGACUGAUGAACCCGGAAUGCUUGGCCCGCGGGUAGAAGAUACUUUCGCUGAGUUACCGCCUGCCAAAGGGAGUCCUACAGUCGACGAACACUUUCGACAGGAAUCAACCGCUCCCCGAUCAACGGAUGAUGGAUCUGCCGGCCCUUCCAGUAGAAGUAGCUGCAGCGAGGCUCCCCGUAUACAGGCGCUGCGGAAUCAAUUACGGCUUUUAAGUGAGAAACUACGGCCCAGGCUUACUCCUUGUUGCCAUUUAACUGCCUCAGAGCUGUGUUACGUGUGCCACCAACGAAGGGCUAGGAAUGUUUCAGUGAAUUUAAAGGAUGAAGCCCAAAGACGCGAACAGGCUGAGGAGCAGAUACUUUUGGAGUAUCAACAGUUACGAGCGGAAAAUGAAGCCAAACGAGAAAAGGAAUACGCAGACACAAAGAAGCAGAGACUCGAAGCACAAGCUGCCUACAAUUUGGCCGUAAUUGAUGAGCACAAGUGUCGAGAUGUGCAAGAGAAUGGAAAAAGUAGCUCUUUUGACAUGCUGCUUCAUCGUCCCUGCACUCCUUUGAAAGGAACUGGACAGGAUGCAUUGCGUGCCGAGCUAGAUAAACAAACGGAAUGGAAGCGAGUCAGGCAAAAGAAGGAAGCAGACGACCGAAUGUAUCAAGAAAGGAAUGAACAGAAACGAUUGGUCGAUCAGUUGGCUAACGAUAAACUGAUGGAACACAAGCAAAAACUGGAAAAGCAAAAGAAAUACAAAGAAGCUCUAGAUGUUCAGGUAGACCGUACUGUCGGGAAAGGCUUACAACUUCCACUUCCUGAGCCUCCGUCAAACGCCUAUUGA